ACAGUCUUCCAUACUUAUUCUCUCUCACAAACACACUCUCUUGUAGCAAUGAAUACAGUAUUGUGGGUUUUUCUGCUGUGUAUGCCAGGCUACCUGAUAACACACACUCUAGACUGUGCAGACGGGGGCAUGGAUUGCGACAGUGGCCUGGGUGAAGGGGUAAAGUUAAGGUUUUUGAGGCAGACAAACUCAGACCAUGAGAGAGGAGCUCAUCAGAGCCAAGCCAACCUACCAGGAGCCUUUACAGCCAAGGGUUUCCCCAACACUCUAAUUCAGGCUGACAGAUCAAGGCGUCAUCUGAACAGAAGACCAGUGCCUCUUAGGUCACGAGUGGGCAGUUAUUCACUGCUCAAUCACAAAACACAAAACAGUCCUCUGCAAGUUGUGAGAGCUCGAAGGCAUGCUGGGGUUGCUGCUGAUCCGGCCAUGCCUUCUAGAAUGACAGUGAAGCAGAGGCCCAGAAGUGUGACCAGGAAGAAGAACACAAAAGUUGCAGUCUGCUCAUGAGACGGGAUGUUCGUAGGGAGAAAGUCAAAAGAAUCCAAAGGCAAAUAUAGGGAUGCAUAUAUUUAGAUAAUCUAUAUUUUGUCCAUCUGUUCACUUAUGUGCUUCAUUUAAGGUGUUUCUUGAUGGUUUUUUAUGCUUUAAAGUCAUUAAAAAAUAGUGGAGAUGUUGAGUAAAAGUCAGUUUUUGCUCUAAUAUGGCUUUUAUAAGAUUUAUUGUAUGCAAAUCUUUAAGGCUUUGUCCAAGGUAAAGCCUGAUUUGGACAAAUUCACUGUAAUCCUUAAGGUAUUAUUGUGUAUAUUGUUUGGAAAAUGCCAGCAACCAACUGAUAAAAUGGUAAAAUACAAGAAAACACAAACAUUCAUACAGAAAAACACAGCAUUUAUAGGACACUGGAAGAGAUCAAGUACUCAAUUACUCUUUUAUAGUGCAUACGUUUUUUUUUGUUUGUUUGUUUUUGCAGAAUUUGGGCCUACUGAUCCACAAACGCAGGAGAUAUUUUCUGUAGAACAUUUUGUAUUUGUAAAUCAAGCCAUCAGAAUAAGUGCUACUCAAACCUCCAUAAUGUCAGGUUGUAGUAAUCAAAUACCCUGCUUAAAACAUUUAUUCCUGUAUAUUUAAAUGAAAGUGUUUCUAAAACCUUUAUAAAAAAAAAGAUUCUUUGUGUUUUUAAUAUACUAAAUGGUGCAGCUCUAUAUAAAGUACUUUUCAAGAAUAUUUUCUGGUCUGGUGUCAGAUUCUGACUUUAAUCACUGCUGAUUAAACAUUCAUUAUAUCAAACAAA